AUAGUAUUGCGGUCUGCGAUUUGGGUGUUCGAUUUAGAAAGUAAAUUCGUGUUUUUAUGACAAAAACUAUAUUUUAAAACUAAUAUUUACACGUUUUUAUAUUUAAAGAAAUUAAAUAUAUACCCUACGGUACAAAUUAAUAAGCAAUAGUGAAUUAAAAGUAUUCACGUAUAAUCGAAACAAGUGCCUAAACGUUUUUACAAUUCUUUUGUUAUUCUUAAUAAUUAUAGGCUUUCAUUAACUUUAUUGAGUGUUCACGUGUUUUGAACUGGAAUUGCGAUGGUCCGAGCUGUUUUCUAGCAUCGUCCAGUGCUAUAUAACGUUUUGCAUGAGGUCACGACGGCGCUGCGGUAUACGCAUGGAAGCCCGGCGAACUGCUGACCACGCGCUGCACACGUUGCGCGCGCAGUUUCGCCGAGCGUUGCCGGAAUGGACCGCGCGCGCCUCUCGCCGUCGCCGGAUCGCGCGAAUAAUAGGCCGCUCCAAGGAGGACCCGGCGGAACCGUCGACACGCCCGUCCCGCCCGCGGAGGCCUUAAACGACCCAGAGACUUCGCGGCCCGCGCCGCGUGCGCUGCCUUGUAUCCCCGAGAGCGAGCCCUUGCUCCGCGACCCGCUCAGUGUCAGUGAAGUGCCGCGGAAAAAUGGACGGUUGCUCCACGUUCAGUUCGACGCUCAGUCCCCGCCCGCGGCGGUCUCGGUGUCCAGCUCUAGCUCGAGCUCGGACGAUGAAGACGUCUCCAUCGCAGAGGCCCGGCCCCCCGACGGCGGCUGGGGGUGGGUAAUCGUGUUCGCCUCUUUCAUGGUCAAUCUCAUCGCGGACGGCAUCACGUUCAGUUUCGGUGUAUUCUUUCCACAUUUUCUGGAGUACUUUGGCGAGGGUAAGGGAAAAACCGCCUGGAUCGCUGGUAUCUUUAUGGCGAUGCCGCUGCUGUCAGGCCCCAUUGCAAGUUUUCUGACCGAUAGAUAUGGUUGUCGGCGUAUGACCAUUUUCGGUUCGAUACUAGCAUCGAUAGGAUUUGUAAUCUCAGCUUUUGUGGACAAUAUGGAAACAUUGUUCUUGACGUUCGGUAUUAUGGCCGGUUUCGGAUUGAGUUUAUGUUACGUAGCAGCAGUAGUGAUAGUAGCAUACUAUUUUGAGAAAAAGCGAUCGUUAGCGACUGGAAUUUCUGUUUGUGGUAGUGGUAUUGGUACAUUUAUAUUUGCACCAUUGACCUACAUUUUGCUCGACGAAUAUGGAUGGCGAGGUACUACGCUUAUUCUAGCAGGAUUUUUCCUAAACAUGGCAGUGUGUGGUUUGCUAUUCAGAGAUCUGCCAUGGACGGCCACAAUGAAUGAAGAAAGGGCGAAAGAACGAAAGAGGAGACGUGAACGAAAGCGAAAUAAACGCUUUGGUUCUUCCGCUGAUAGUUUCUCUGAUAGCAAAAGUAGUGCUGCAGGAUCUAGUAAAGUAGGAGAAAAUGAAGACAUUGAAGCCGUGACGACAUCGAUAGUACCGCAAUUCAGUUCACUUGUGGACUUACCGACAUUCAUGACUGGAGAUGAAGGUGUAUCUUUAGAAAUAUUUGAAAUGAUGUCUAGCAAGGGACGAGCGUAUGCGAUUAUGGCUCAAAAUAACUAUCCGGGAGUGAUGCUGCCAUCAAGGAGUUUUAGUGACAGCGGCCGUUUGCACGAGCAGUCACCUCCAAAGGCGCUGAUGUCUCCUGGCUGUUUGUCUCCGGGACCAACGUCGCCUACUACCGCAUCAAAUGCAACAACAACAAAUACCUCAAGAGCGCCCCUGCACGAUAAAGCGGCUUUAUCCCUGUGGCUUAGAAGACAAGGAGCUGGCUCCACUAAAAAGCCUCCAGCGUUUUUGAAAGAUUUAAGAAUACAUAGACAUUCUUUGACGUAUAGGGGUGCUAUGCUCAAUAUUAAUCGUUAUAGAUUAAGAGCUUCGUCCUGUCCUAAUAUAUUCCGGAAUUCCAUGACUACCAUUGCUAAAGAAAAGUUACAAUGGUACGCCGGUCUCUGGGACUUCUGGGACCUUGUCGUGGACGUGUUGGACUUCUCUCACUUCCGGAACCCGGCGUUUUUGGUCUUCGCGAUCUCGAACUUUCUGCUAUACAUGUGGUAUGAUGUGCCGUAUGUGUACAUUGCUGAUAACGGACUCAGUAUGGGCUUCAAUGAGUCGCAGUCGUCCAUGCUGAUAUCUAUUAUUGGAAUAUUGAAUAUGUUUGGAGAGAUCCUGCUCGGCUGGGUGGGCGACUGGGAAUGCGUGAACCCGAGUCUCGUAUACGCGGGCUGCAUGGUGGCAUGUGGUAUCGUCACGCUACUAGUACCUCUCCUUACUUCAUACAUCACGCUAGCAGCGGCUUCUGGAGCCUUCGGAGCCUUCAUAGCAGCUAAUUAUUCCUUAACCAGUAUAAUAUUGGUGGAACAAAUCACCUUGGAAAAGUUUACGAACGCCUAUGGGUUGUUAUUGUUGAUGCAGGGAGUUGCUAACCUCGUGGGACCUCCACUGGCUGGCUGGGUGUACGACAUGACGAACUCCUACGACCUAUCCUUCUACUUAGCGGGCGUGUUCAUUGGAUUGUCGGGGCUGGUCCUCCUCGUGAUGCCGCUAGUUAAGCUUAGUAGAAAAUAUAAUAGAAAACGCCGACCAGUACAGGAAGAGACCAAAAUUAAUGGUGUUGUCAAGCAAAAUGGGAAAAUUAUGGCUUGAAGUAAGAGAAGAAAAAAGAAUGAAUAGAGUGAGGGAUUUCAAGUGGAUUUAAAGGAAUAGUGAAAGAAAAGGACAAGAAAAAAUGGGGAAUUGACGGCUUGAAGUAAGAGAAGAAAGAAGAAUAAAUAGAGUGAGAGAUUAAAGGUAUAAUGAAAGAAAAGGACAAGAAAAAUGUGAAAAUGACGGCUUGAGAAGAAUAAAUAGAGUGAGGGAUUUUAAGUGGAAAUUGUAAGGAAUAAUGAAUGAUUGUUGAGUGGUUGGGAUAACUAGGAUCGCAGUUAGUUUGUGCAGAAUGUAUCAUGUAAAGUGCUUUAUAAGAAAAGUGGAUAAAACAUCGAUUGAGUCUUCAUAAACUACGUAACGUAUAUUUUCGGUUAAAUGUUGAGGCUAGUAAUUAAUAAAAUUAUCGAGAAUUAGAGUGAAAGGCAAAUGCGAUGUUGACUGUGGCAAUAUUAUCUUCUUAUAGCUUACAUUAAUAGGUACUCAAAUGUAAGGUAGUCGGUGAAUUGUUCUAGAAUUGUAUUUAAAAAUGGUUUUAUAGCGUUAUGCAGUUUAUGAGCCCAAGUAACAUAUAAAUAAUCUAUUAAAAUAGUUCGUCUUUCUGAAGUCAUAACGUCCUUUUUCCUAUACUAUCUCUUAUCUAUCAUAUAUCAGCCUUAUAUACACCAAUUAUAACCACAUCAAAAAUUGGAAUUGAUAUAAUUAUUUACUAUAAUUAUAGAAGUUUAUCUAUACACACGUGAUUGUUGGUCUAUAAGAAACACUAAGGUUCGAUAGAUUAGUAAUUUGUUGACGUUAAAUUAAAUCAUGAAUAUAUAUUUACUAGGGCCUUUACCCAAAUAGGUAUAGGGGAAUGAAGAUAAUUAUUGCAAUAAGUAACCACGAAGCAAAAUCAAAUACAAGACAAUGACAGUCUUCCCAAUGUCUCCAUGGAUCAUAUUCUAAAUGAAAUUAUAAAUGGCCUUAGAAUUCCGUAGAAGUUACUAGAAUUUGCUAGAAAUAGAUAUAUAGUGGUUUGUAGAAAAUAUAGAUUUGAUAAUAUGGUACAGAACUUAGUCUUGUUAGGAUUGUUCCCGUGAAAGAAUGUUGUAUAAAAUUUUGAACUUAUUGUUUCGAAUUUUCUCGCAAUAUGUAUAUAAUUAUUAUCUAUUUUUCUUGUAAAAUUGUAUUUGGUGCGUCGCUUGUUGAGCAAUUACUACAGUUCAUUCGUUUCAUUAAAAGCAUGUUUUACAUACUAUGUUUGUAUUCGAAAAUAUUUAUAGAAAUAAGUUUAUUUCUAUUGCAGAGGUGUGCUACAAUGUACGAAUGAAAUUGGAAUGUGUAUGUGUGUUUGUGUUUCCAGUGUAUUUUAUUAAGAAAUGGAGAAAAAAGUUAAUUUAAGAACUUUAUUUAAGUAGUAAUAGUACAUUGGUAUAACAUCGACGAAUCGUUUAUUCGAAAUAAGCAGUGAUAACUCAUUUUAAGCGUGACAUAUUUCAAUUAUUAAACUAUACACUAUUUCAAGGUUUUUAUUAGAACUGUGUGUCGAUAAUCAUGUAAUUAGUCAAGUAUGUAUUGAAAGACAUGAACACUUCAAGGCAUCUUAUUUUUCGUAUUUUGCAUAUAAUAGUCGUUUUAUUACAUUUUAAUAACUUCAACAUUAUUGUUGAGUAUAAAUAGAUAAAGUAAUACUGUCCCGCUCUAACUCUAUAAGAUCCUACUAAAUCAGAGCGAGACGUAACGAUUCAGAACAGCUAACGCCUUUUCUAGUAGAUAUUAUCCAACAAAAGUGCUAAGGUAGUGUUAUAAUACAUUAGCUAUAAGAUAAUUGCAUUAAAAUGAUCUGUUCACGUUAGAGUAAGCGCAAAACAGUAUAUUUAAACAAUUUAUUCUAGUUAUUGUAUUGCAAUUCAUGUUAUAUCGUUACGAAUAAUGAAGAAUAUAUUCUAUAUAUUUACAGUUAGGAAGUAUUUCCUUAGUUGAUACAUUUGAUCGAGAGCAAUAAAUUUACACACUUUGUAUUGUAUAAGAAAUCACAUGAACACCAAAGACUGCCUCCUAUUCGAAGUUGUUUCCAUAGAUGAUAGAGUAGUUUAGAGAUGUUGCUAGUUCAAGGCAGAUAAUGGUGGAUACACACGAUCUAGUUUAUUGUCCAUUUUGCAUGAUGGCUUUAUUAGUCAAAAUAUAAAUAAACAAAAAUCGUUUAUGAAGAACGGAUGUUUGUAAAGGAUACGAAUGUAUGGAAGAAAACUUCAAAAUAUCAUCACAAUUUUAGAAUUUUGUAAAAACAAACUAAACAGUUAUCAAAUGUGUUUGUGUCACUUGUGAUAAUUUUAUCAACCACUAAACUAUAUGAAUAGUUGUAUUAAAAAUUUAAAUAUAAUAUAAAUGAUGAAAUAAAUGUUUACAUAGUUUAAAACACUUGAUGUUUAGAGGUUUUUACCAAGUUUAGUUUUGAGUGAAUACCAUGUAUUAUGCUUGAUUUAUGUAAAUCACAAUUUUAACAGACAUCAUGUAUAUUAAAGCUUUUUUGACAAAAGUUUAUACUUUUAGUUGGAAGAUCAUGUAUUACAUUAAAAAAUGUAAAAAAAUAUUUUUUUAUUGUUCUAGAAACAACUUGCAUACAUAUAUAUGCUUUUUAUCUUUUAUGUACCUAUAGCUAAAGGAGUCUUUAUUGUGGUCGUACCAAUUUUCAUUAAAUAUCCUUUUUUUUUGAUGUGGAAUUUUAUUUCUACGAGAGUUUGUAGCUUAGAAUGGAAUGUUUUUGCUAUUAUAGCUUUUUAGUGACAGGUUCAUAAAUCGUUUUAUUAUUGGUAAAAACUGAUUACGGAAAUAUGUAUGAAAUAAUAUACUUUAGUGUGAUCAUAUACAUAAGUUCUUUGUUGUAAAUCUACUUUUGAGUAGUUUGUAUUACUUGAUAUUUAGUUGAAUUUUAAAUAACAUGACGUAAUGAGCCAUCACAAUUGGCAGCGUUGGCCCAACAAAUCUUCGUCGAUGUUUGCCGCCUUUAAGGCGAUUAUGAAUGAACACAAUGACAGCCAAUCAUAGACAUUAAGGCCCUCUACACUAUCGUGAUUACCUCUACUCGCCCAACGUUGCCUAUUGUGAAGAGGGCCCAUUAUACAGAAGCAUUGUUUUUGCUUUUACUUCGAAUGAAAAUUGUUCAAACAUAUGGACCUAAUUUGAUUAUUAUUUAGUUAAUUGUAUAUGUUUAAUUAGUCAAAAGCCAAAUGUAAUGCCCAAAAUUAUUUUAAAAAUUAAUUUCAUAUUCUUGCCAAAAAUUUGCUUCAAGAGGAAUUAUGCAGUAAUGUUAUGUAAGCUAUGGUGGCCAAAAUGAAACGGGUAAAUAAUGUAUUAUGUAUAUUGUGUUGUGUGCGUCUUAGUAAAAUUAUUUUUUGGUUUAUUUUGGUUUUAUUUUUUUUCUCAAAUUUCAGAGUACGAUAAUCCGUUUCUUUCGGCUACAUUAAAUGGAUUUUGUUUUGAUAUACAAUCAAUCCGGGUAAUUGUAAACAGGGGUUUGAAAUAACUAAUUAAGAUUAACUAAGAUUUUUUUUUAUAAUCAGUCAGAUGAAUUUCCAAUCCUUUGAUAAACUGAAAUCGGAUCUAUAAAAUGAAAUAUUAUUUAAAGACAAAGAAUAGUUAUUUGGAACAGGUAAAAAUGACAGUGGAGUUGUGUCCAAUCACCCGUUCACAAUUACCCGGAUAUACCCUAUAAUAAAAAUUAACUAAAAAGUAAAAACUACUAAAAUCAUGGAUGGACAAUUUUCGAGUCCUGUAAAACAUUUUUAUCUCCAACAAUACUUUCAUAUAAACGCUUUUUUGUAUUUAUUAAGAAGUAUUAUGGUGUGACAGGUCUUGUGGUUAAGAUAAACAAACAGUCAAAAAGCGGUAAAUAAACGUUGUAGAUUGAAGCCCAAGGCAUGUCGGGGUGUGUCCCAAUUUUAAACAUGCCUCGUUAAACACUUGGGGUAAAACAUAAUUUUUCAUACUUUAGGAGGAAAAGUGAAAAGCCACCGUGCCUUUAGAGAUACACCACAUUAUUUCUACAAAAUAAAUGUCGUUUAUUUAUACAUAUUAUUAACGGGAUAUGUAUUUACUAUGUAAUGGUAUUGGUCUGAUAACAAGUAUCUAAUUACAAGUAUUGUCACACCUUAGUAUAUUAGGACACGAGUAGUUUUUCAUAUACCUAACACCUUUUAAAAAUUGUGAUUAUCGUAAAAUAAUAAAAUACCUCAUAUUAAAAUAAUAAUGUAGCUAAACGGGGCCUUUUAAUAUAGGCUUGUUAAAACCCUUGUAAUUUAAUUAAACUAAGGUUAUUUCAAUUAAAAUCUGUUUGACGAUC